AUGAACAUUUCAAACGAGCUCCAGUCGGACUUGACCACAGAGCAACGCCAGGAAGCCUCCUCCCAGGGCUCUACGAACGAGAAGCAUGUCAUGAUGGAAACUGAGGCCAUUGCGGCUGAAGACGAGAUGGAGCUCCAAACUCCUGAUAUCUCUCGGCCGUUCCCGCGGGACCCUAACGAGAUGGUGGAGACUCACCAGCUUACGCUGAGAGCGAUCGUCGUGGGGUGCUGCCUCGGCGCCGUUGUCGGUGCUUCCAACAUCUACCUGGGUUUGAAAACGGGUUUCACCUUCGGCCCCCAGCUUUUCGGGGCUAUCUUUGGAUUCGCCAUCAUCAAGCCGCUUUCCCGCGCGGUGCCCGAGUCCGGCAUCCUCGGACGUCUGCUUGGAGGUCCCUUCGGCCCCAAGGAGAAUUGCACGGUUCAGAGCGCAGCGACAGCUGCUGGAGGGCUUGGCAUCCUCUUUGUGAGCGCCGUCCCAGCGAUGUACCGACUCGGCCUACUUUCGGCCCUCCCGAAGCAAGACAUUGGCAAGCUCAUCGCGAUAACGGCGUGCGCCGGCUUCUUCGGUGUAUUUUUCGUCAUCCCGCUCCGCAAGUACUACAUCGUCAAGCAACGGCUGACGUUCCCCACGCCCGCGGCAACCGCGGUCACGAUCAACGCGCUGCACAACAGCCGUACGGGCGCGACCGUUGCGAGGAAGAAGUCCCUUGCGCUAAUGUACGCGUUCGUCCUCGUAUUUUGCUGGAAAGUCGUGAGCACAUACGCGCCUGGGGUGCUGUUCGACUGGCACAUUGGAUGGACGCUAUACCGCAUCGGUUUCACUAGCAUUAUUGCCUUGGAGAACUACGGUUGGUACAUUGAAUUCACGCCUGCUUUCUUCGGUGCCGGUAUGCUAUCUGGAUUGAACGCCAGUUGGAGUUUCUUCGGUGGCUCAAUCUUGGCAUGGGGCAUCAUCGCACCUUCUUUGAUCAAGACCGGCCGUGCUGUUGGAGUCUCGAUCUCCGAUGAAUUCCCACUGGUAUCCUACAACGCCUUGUCGUUCCCACACCAGUCGGACUUUACUCAAGCCCCGUCGCCGCGCUACUGGAUCCUCUGGCCCGGUAUCAUGAUGAUGUUAUGCUAUUCCUUCACCGACCUUGCUAUGAACUCUGGUUUCAUUUUCUCCGCCAUGCACCACAUGAACCCGAACCCGAAGACAUGGUUCAAGCGCGCCGACCCCGACGCCCCAGUUGAGGACGAUGAAGAUGAAACCCCCGUCGAAGAUCGGGUCCCGACACUCUGGUGGACGACCGGCUUGCUCGCAUCCGUGAUCAUGUGCUGCGCGAUCCUUGCGACGAUCUUCCACAUGAACGUCGGAGAGGCUCUUCUCUCACUUAUCCUCGGCUUCCUGUUCUCUUUCGUCGGCGUCCAAUCGGCGGGCACGACCGACGUGAACCCUGUUACCGCCGUCGCGAAGGCCUCUCAACUCAUUUUCGGUGGAAUUGGCAAGGGCGCAGGCCUGAGCAUCGCAACGGCAGAGACCGUCAACCUCACGGCGGGAAUCAUCGCUGCAGGGUCGGCAGCGCAAUCCACCGAUAUGACCGGCGACCUCAAGACCGGUUAUCUCCUCCGGGCGAAACCUCGCAACCAGUUCGUGGCACAGCUUUGCGGAGCCGUCGUCGCCAUUUUCCUGAACGUCGGCCUGUUCAUCCUGUUCACUACUGCAAGCCCGUGUAUCUUGGAGGCCUCGGCACUGGAGUGCACGUAUCAAGCUCCCAGUAUCGCUGCAUGGGUCGCAGUCGCUCAAGCAGUGGCUCUGCCUAGCCUCCCCAUCCCCAGCUCCGCCGGCUUCACCGCAAUCGGCCUCGGGGUCUUCACGAUUGCCUCCGUCGUCAUCAAGCACCUCUGGGUGCCGAAGCGCUACUGGAUCUACAUCCCGAACUGGAACGCGGUCGGGCUCGCGUUCGUCGCGCCUCAGAUCCCCUUCUCGUUCGCUAUGGCCGUCGGCUCGCUCUUCAACUGGUGCUGGGCGCGCCGGAACCCGAAGAGCUUCGACAUGUACAUGUUUGCGGUCGCGGCUGGCAUGCUCGCUGGUGAGGGCCUCGGAGGCGUGUUCCAGGCGCUCUUGGCGGUCGCGAAGGUCGACGGGUCUGUCCAUGGAACCGCUGUCGGUUGCCCAGGCUUUGAAUUCUGUGGUUGA